AUGUUCAAUCGCCGAAGGUACAACCGUAAACCUGGAAGACGUAAAGCGUUUAGGCCGCGGAUUCGUAGGAAAGGGGUAAUUCUUCGGCCCACUGAUGAGCCACCUCCACCCAAAAUCGAGUUUGAUGCCUCUGGAGCUGUACCUUAUCUAUGGCAGUACUGGCCCCAGGCUGAACCUGAAAAAGCUGUUCAGGAAUAUAAAAAGCUUCCUUCUUUGAGGUAUAUUUGUUCACGAGUAUUGGCAGAAAAUGCAGAUGCUUUGGAACCUUCUUACUUGACAACUUGUUCGUGGACUUCGUGCUGGAAACAUGUGUGGAGGGUGAUCUGCCAGCUUAACCUAGAUCUGCCACAUGUGUUUCGAAUGUUUGCUAAACAUUUCGGCUCAAACUAUGAUUUUAAGUGCCACCAUGUUGAUCUUCGGGAAGAAGAGCGUUCAAAGGCUAUCAUGUCAUUACUACUAUCUACCCGCAGACAUAGGAUCGAUAAUGUGUUUUCCAAUAUUUCCUACAACGAGUUUGUGUGCUUUGUCUCGGGAGUUGAUGCACAUGUCAUAUUGGAUUGUUCUUCAAUGAAGCCUAUGAGGAAAGAGCAGGUCUUGAACCUCUGCAAAGCACCGAACCUAGCUGGCUUGGAUAUCUCGUCCAACGAAUGGGUUGACGACCAAUUUCUUUACACUUUGGGUCGGGCAAUCUCAUCCAAAAAUUCUUCCAAGAUGAAGCUACUACGAAUUGUCAAUUGCCUGAAUAUUACUCAGGAUGGGCUUCGUCGUUUUUUACAGGAUACGCUGACUUCACUUACCUUCCUUUCAACUGAUAUUAUGGCUUCCAAGGAAUCCAACUUCGCAGAUAGACUAAAUGGCGCCACAGAAACACCCAUAGGAGGUACUCAGUGGCGGCUUUUACAUAGUGGUUAUUACAAUUUCGAUCGUCUUGUCAGGUACAAGUUGAUCGCGAUGGCUCUAUAUCUUCUGAGGAACAGUGACCUUGUCAAUAUUCCUUCCAAUUCGCUUAUUUGGGAUAUUAGACUUUUCCCAGACAUGAUUGAUUCACGAAACCCCAUGGAGUUAUAUCGUAAACUUAAGGGAUCUUGGGCUAAGCGUGAGUCGUCUUCUGUUGGGCGAAACCCGUAUCUUUAUAUUAGGUCCGAAACAUCUGCAAAAGCCCCAAUCGAAAAGGUCGAAGAGACCAGAGUCAAGGAAGAGCCUAAAGAAAGUGAUUCGCUACUCACUGAACGGGUACCAAAAAGGAAACCCAAAAUUAAGAUGAAGAAUGCAGAUGCAUUAUUUGGAAUCAAAUAG